CCUUCUCAAGAACAAAGUCUACCACUAUACUCUAUACUUUAUACUACUCUCAUUUCAUCUCAUCUCAUCUGAAAAUGGAGGGCGUGGAUCCUUCUCGAACCUUCCUGAAAGAUGUUAAGCGCAUUAUCAUCAAGGUUGGGACUGCUGUGGUCACGCGCCAGGAGGGAAGAGUGGCCGUUGGAAGAUUAGGGACUCUGUGUGAGCAAAUUAAGGAACUCAAUUCCCUAGGAUACGAGAUUAUUUUGGUCUCAUCUGGUGCUGUUGGUAUUGGCCGCCAAAGGCUACGAUACAGGAAAUUAAUUCACAGCAGCUUCGCUGAGCUACAAAAGCCACAAGUUGAACUUGAUGGCAAGGCAUGUGCUGCUGUUGGACAGAAUAGUCUUAUGGCUCUUUAUGAUUCUUUGUUCAGUCAGCUCGAUGUGACAUCUGCUCAGCUUCUUGUAACGGACAAUGAUUUUAGAGAUAAAGAUUUCAGAAAGCAACUUACUGAAACUGUGAAAUCAUUGUUAGCGCUAAAAGUUAUUCCGGUAUUCAAUGAGAAUGAUGCUGUCAGUACUAGGCAAGCUCCAUAUGAGGAUUCUUCUGGUAUAUUUUGGGAUAACGAUAGUUUAUCUGCUUUAUUGGCCUUGGAGUUAAAAGCCGAUCUUCUUGUUUUGUUGAGUGAUGUAGAAGGUCUUUAUAGUGGCCCUCCGAAUGACCCACAGUCGAAGCUUAUUCGUACAUAUAUUAAGGAAAAACAUCAAAAUGAAAUUACUUUUGGCGACAAGUCUAGGGUGGGAAGAGGUGGAAUGACCGCCAAAGUAAAAGCUGCUGUUAAUGCAGCUGAAGCUGGCGUUCCUGUUGUUAUUACCAGUGGUUUUGCAGCUGAAAAUAUCAUUAAAGUUCUCCAAGGACAAUGUAUUGGAACCCUCUUCCAUAAAGAUUCACAUGAGUGGGCCCCAGUAAAAGAGGUUGACGCACGCGAGAUGGCUGUUGCAGCCAGGGAAUGUUCCAGACGGCUUCAGGCCUUAUCUUCAGAAGAGAGGAAACAAAUUUUACUAAAAAUAGCUGAUGCCCUGGAAGCAAAUGAAAAAGUGAUAACGACUGAAAAUGAAGCUGAUGUUGCUGCUUCACAAGAAGCAGGAUAUGAAAAAUCCUUGGUGGCUAGGCUAGCUUUGAAACCUGGGAAGAUUGAAAGCCUAGCAAAAAACAUCCGAACUAUUGCAAAUAUGGAAGAUCCAAUUGGUCGAGUAUUAAAACGAACUGAGCUUUCAGAUGGGCUAAUUUUAGAAAAAACAUCAUCUCCUUUGGGAGUUCUCCUGAUUGUUUUUGAGUCUCGCCCUGAUGCACUAGUACAGAUAGCUUCCCUGGCAAUACGAAGUGGGAAUGGGCUUCUCUUGAAAGGAGGCAAGGAAGCUAAGCGAUCAAAUGCAGUUUUGCACAAAGUAAUUACUGAAGCCAUACCAGAUACUGUUGGUGGAAAACUUAUUGGACUUGUGACCUCAAGAGCAGAAAUCCCUGAGCUACUUAAGCUGGAUGAUGUAAUUGAUCUGGUGAUUCCAAGAGGCAGCAACAAUCUUGUUUCUCAAAUCAAGAGUUCCACCAAAAUUCCCGUUCUGGGUCAUGCUGAUGGAAUUUGCCACAUCUAUGUCGAUAAGUCUGCCAAUAUGGGUCUGGCAAGGCGGAUUGUACUGGAUGCAAAAAUAGAUUAUCCAGCUGGCUGCAAUGCUAUGGAAACGCUUCUUGUCCACAAGGAUUUAAUAGAGAAAGGUCGGCUUAAUGAUAUUAUUGUUGACCUACGAACCGAAGGGGUUACAUUAUAUGGAGGACCAAGGGCAAGUUCUUUGUUAAAUAUUCCACAGGCACGUUCAUUUCAUCAUGAGUACAGUUCGUUGGCUUGCACUGUUGAAAUUGUGGAUGAUGUGUAUGCAGCUAUUGAUCAUAUAAAUCUUUAUGGAAGUGCACAUACUGAUUCCAUCAUUGCAGAAGAUCACGAAGUAGCUGCUGUGUUUCUCCGCCAAGUAGACAGUGCUGCUGUUUUUCACAAUGCAAGCACAAGAUUCUGUGAUGGGGCACGAUUUGGUUUAGGCGCAGAGGUUGGAAUAAGUACAAGCAGGAUUCAUGCUCGAGGUCCAGUAGGAGUUGACGGAUUGUUAACAACAAGAUGGAUUCUUAAAGGAAGUGGACAAGUAGUAGAUGGUGAUAAAGGGGUUGUCUACACUCACAGAGACCUUACAAACUAAUUUGUUGGUAUUGCUAUUAGAACUAAACAUGUCUCGUCAUCAAGGAGGCGAGGCAGAGAAGGUGACUGCUCUGCUUGCUUAAUUUCCUUUUGUAUCCUUUUAGUUUGUCUGGAGAGUGCGGGAUAGAUUGUACAAUUAAACAGAAGCGGGGUAGGUGUUAUGUGAUGCUUUUGCUUUUAACGGUGUUUCAAGACAAUUUGUUUUCCUCCCCAACAAUAACAAAUUGAUUUCCAUUGUUCACGAACCUUUUUAGUAAUGUUAUUGAUUACAGUACGCCUUGUGAUAGGGUAUGUUAUUUAGUGCAUUUGUUUUUGCAGUGUGCAAUUGUUUUUCAGCUUAAAAUCCGUAGCUUCACUUAUUGUUAAUUUGUCCUUUGCUUAUGCUAAGAAAAUUCUGAGAAUUAAAGUCUCUAAAGCA